CUUGCAUCGCAUCGAGCCCGCGCGGGGAAUUCCCUAUACCAGUCGAUCGAUAUAGGGGUAAACAAGUAACAGGUGGUAUACCUUGCUAGGCGUACUUAUACAUGUACGUAUGUAAGUGUGGUGUUACUUGUAGUCGCGAAUGUAGUUGCCUGGGACUGGCUGCACUGCAAAGGACAGAAAGAGAGAAAGGUACCCGCAGAAGCGUGAGUGAUAUCUCAGCAUCAUUCUUGGCCUGUUCCAGUAGUACACGAAGACAUCAAUUCAGGCUUGGAAAGAUGAUCUUACUUGCAACCCUCCUUCAACUAAUCACAAUCGUCCAUGGAGCAGAAGAUCUUCCCCAGGGUCACCUCCAGCCGUUUGGUCAUCAUCGACCACCAGACGUGGUCAUCGAUGAACUCUCUGACUUGCCAGACCCUCAGACCUUUUGGGAUGAGUAUGUGUCUAUUGAGAAAGCUGCAAUUUUCCGGGGAGCCGCCACUCGCAGUCCCGGCUUCACCCUGUGGACCGAGGAAUAUCUAAGCAAAGUGUAUGGAGACGUUGAGGUUCGACUGGAAGGCAAGCAUGAGAGAAAAAGUGGUAUCCCCGUUGGAGAGAAAGGUCUGGGUCGGGAUACUGUACGGAACUUCCUCCAGACAUUCCGCGAGAAGGACACUUACAUUGUCUCACAGCUGCCGGAGCCGAUGUACCAGGACUUCUAUAUCCCACCGAGCAUCUCCUGCGGGAACAUGCGUAACCGCAUCAUCGAGAUCGACCUGUGGAUGAGUUCCGGAAACACGCACAGUAUCAUCCACAAAGAUGCCUUCAAUGCCAUCAACUGCUUGAUGAAGGGCACCAAGUACUGGAAGCUCAUCGAGUUCAAGUAUGAGAAGUGGCUAUACAAGACAUGGGAACCAAAGAGAGAGAUCGGAGGCAACUCACAGGUUGAUGCCCAAAGCAUUGAUCUUCUGAAGUAUCCUGAUAUCGCAAAAGUCAGGUGGUCCAACAUUACUAUCAAUGCAGGAGACUGCCUGUUCUUGCCUAAAUCGUAUUAUCAUCAGGUGUCAUCGACUGGCGACCCCAAUAUGGCCGUCUCCGUUCUCUUCUCUAGGCUUACCCAGUUUGAUGAUACAGGAUGUGACCAGACCCCUAUUGAUUUUACUCCUUUGAGCGAGGUUGAUGUUCUCUGGAGCUGGCCGGGACAUGGCAUCAUGAGUAUGGGCAAUUUGGAUAUCUGGAUGUUGAAAGCCAAUUACAUGGAGUUUGCCGAGGAGUAUGGUACAAUGACCGAAGAGAUUAUGAGAAUUGAUGUAAUGACAACUUUCCCAGAACUAGAGGAGGACGAAGUCAGUAGAGCUGUGCAUGAGGCAUGGAAUGUCAUCGACAAGUCAGGUAAGGGUUUCUUGACGACAGACGAUAUCAAUGAUCUUGACGUUGAUACGUGGAGAGAGCAUUGCAUACGUAUGACGGGACACGAACCUUCUAAUACAGAGGAGUUUGAAUACCACUACUUUGACGUUGGAUUAAUUGAAGAGCUUUUGGAUAGGCUAAUGGAUAUAAAUCCAGAGAAGAUUACAAGGUCCAUGUUUGUCAAGAAUUAUAUUGGUGCUCUAGGAGGGACCGAAAAAUAUGCAGAUGAGAUAUUUAAUGGGCUAGCUGGAGAAUCGAGUGCUUCAGCCACCCCUGAACAGGUCAGAGCCAAUAUGGAUAUGGCGUUGAAGAAAUGGAAAGAGAAUGCACCUGUUGAUUCGACUCCAGAGAUUGACGACUCCUUUGAAAUGAAUGAUGUUCAUUUGUUAAAAGAAGAACUCUAAAGGGACUGCGGGACCCAUAACACGAAGCAUAGCAGUCAUCGACUACAAUGUAUAAUUAUAAUUGUUCAAAUCAAACGAACAAUUAAUUGCCAACCUAUGUGUUAUGGGACCCGGGACUCUUUCUUGUUUUUUAGGUCAUUAUUUUAUUGGUAAAUGUAUUCUUUAUUCAAUUUUUAUUUGAAGUUUCUUAAACCUAUAUUUUGUGCCUGUAGUAUGUAAAUUUGUAUGUGUAUUUUGGGUAGAAAUUUUGAAUGUGAUAUAUGGGUACUUUAAUUUUUUUCUUAGUUUUUAUAAAAAUAUGUUUCAUAUGUAAACUUUUUCUGUGGUUCUUUUCUUUUGAGUACAUGUUCUAAUCAGGAACUUUAUUACUUUUGGGCAUGAAACCUUUUAUUUCACUUUAUUCACAUGAAUUUUCAUGCGUCAUUUUCAUGUUAACCCUUGCCUGAUUUGCAAACCAGCAUUGAUUUUAUGCCAUUGAGUGUGGGUGGAUGUUCUGUCGAGCCGUGUGAGCUGUUCUGGCAUACCAACAUUUCCUGCAACUCUCCAACAAGGUUUGCAUGGAUCAAUAUGAAUUUCAUUUUUUAAAUAAUUUGCUUCUUAACUUUUCUUUGCCAUGAAUAUGGUAUAAUGAAGAUAAAAAUGAGCAUUCUUUAGAAGUGUGUUAUAUAAAUCUUGUAUGGUAUCUAUGCAGAACGAUAAAUAGAUAAAUGCCUAUUAAAGUCAAGUCUUGUUCGAGACCACAGAAAUCUAUUUGACUUUAUAGGAGAAAUAUGACUUAUUAGAAGAGGUACAUGUUUUGAUAUUAAGUUACUAGUACUACAUAUACAAAGGGUACAUAAUUUACAAAAAGGAAAAAGUACAGUUUUGUAUUGUCAGGAAUUCCUAAUGAAACUAAUAAUUAGAGUCUUAUAUUGUGUUAUUCUUUUGUGAAUUUUAUAGUAGAUUGGUUCAUAGAACAAAUGUUAUAUAUAUAUAUAUAAGAGAAACAAGGUUGAAACUUUCAUGCUGUAAUCCAACAAAAUUUAUUGGUUUAAAUCAUAAAAGUUUCAACGUUGGAAUAUCUACCAAAUAUAUAUGUAUAUAUGGUGCUUUCAUAUUUGUUAAUAUUUUUGAUCAGUACUUUCUCAUAAUCCAGUUAAUUAUCACUUUGUCUUUCUCGUAUAAUGUUUGGAUGUAGAGGAUGGUUAAUACAAUCGGCAUAAUCCAUAAGUGCUGUCUUAUUUUCUUUUUCUUUCGAAGGGGUUUAUGAUAUUCUUGCAUAUUUAUACCAGGAAAUGAUUAUGAAUUAUUUAUUUUCUAUAAGAAGUUUACUAUAAAUUAUUGUAUGAGCACUUUUGAUUACAAAUGACGGCUUCCUACCAAGAAAUGCUUUCCGUCUAUCGCAACUCACAAUGGAUAGUGCGAUCAAUCACCAAUUGACCUACCACUUUUUCCUAAUUUGAUAAGCAAUUAAUUACUGGUUUGAAUCUAAUUUACAUUCUUUCAUGUUUUGAUACGAUAACCAAUUUUUAUUUUGUUUCUCUUCAUUUACAAAGAAGAAUAAUUUAUUUGGGAGUUUGAUUAUAAUUACAUGUUUACAUGAUUUUAUGUAUGCACCAGACAAUGUGGAGAACCUCUGGACAGCAUUUUCAAAUUCUAUUAGGUGAUCCCCAGGCAUUGGCUGGUGCUCAAUUUUACAUUUCUCUUGAAUCUGCCAUGUUUGUUAUUAUCUUUCCUAGAAAUAAAAUAAAUAAAUGUAUCUGAAUGCUCAUUUAUCAGGAUCUUGAAUACAGAGGAGUAAUGCCAAAAAUUUGUUUACAUAAUUAAUUUUCAAAAUCAAUUACAAAAGAUGCAACUCAAUUUUGCCUCUGAUAAGUUUUGUGUAAUAUAUUGGUUAUCAGUACUACAGUUUGUGUAUGUAAGGUUCGAAGUAUGUUAUUUGAAUAAAACAUUCUUUUAUACUUUC